UAGUAUUGGAAGAAGCGAAAGUUUACGGAAAAGAUUAAUAAAUAGUUUAUCGUGUUAAAAGAUGAUAAAAUUAACCAAUACUCUACAUGAGUCUAGUGUCCCAUUGUAAAUUCUGUGUCAUGUUCGGGUCAACGGUAAGCACCCCGCAGCAUUGGAAAAUUGUUCUAUAAAAAUCCAUCAUAGUAGCAUACGCAAGCUGAAGCAUGUAAUCCCGAACCCAAUCGUCUACCGGACCGCAGGAAAAAAAACCGCUAGAACAAACCGGGAAGAAGCAGCGCUCCAAACUCCCAAACAACCUAAUUUUUCUCGUUUUCGCACGGUCAAUUAAAUGGGACACAACCAUUUCCCGAGCGCAGGCGAGGGUAGCAGUGGAGGAAUGAAGAAGAACCCAUCGGUGUGUUGUACCCAAACUCGAAAACGGCUAAAAGGCGACCAAGGCGAGCCUCCCGUAGCCUUUCCUCCUUGCCGUUCGUCGGGUUCGCGUUUUGUCGAGUCAAUCGGAACAUGGUUCCGUAUGGUGGCGGCAUCGGUCUCAAAAAGGCUGCGACUUUUCCCACACUCUUGCUCUUCACCAGUUCUGGGAUGAAGUACAAGAAACAGCGAAAGACAAACUAAAACGACUGGAUCGACCUGAGAGAGAGCGAGAGAGGGCGCGGGAGAAGGCGCGCGCGCGCUCCGAACACUUUGAGUCGCACCGUUCCCGGGUUUCGAUGAUUCUCGAGCGAAAAAAAAAGCGAAAACAUACACACCAAAUCGCAGAUAAAUAGAUAGUGGUGAAGAUAGACGCAGGCGAAACACGGUGCCCGCGCACGGGUACGUAUGGCAGGGAACGGUGCACGGUGCGAUCCGGGACGAUUCGCAAUAGCCAGCGAUCGAAAGUAGCCGAAUCGCUCCAACCAUCGAGGUUGUGCGGUGCCGACACCAGCAAGCGAAAGGAACCAGCAGCGCAAAGUGAGAUACCGCGUCCUGGCUGGCAUCGGUGUCCCAUUGUGUCGCGCGGGAGUGCCCUUGUCUUGUUGACCUUGUCCCGUUGCUGCUGGUCGGACGACCCGCGGGGUUCCUAUUUAACGCGUCGUGGUUGCAAGUUGAAAGAGAUUUGCCGCCGUCGCAUGGUGCUGCAUAACGAAGCGGGAAUCAAAUUCUAAUGGGCUGGCGGCUUGCUGUUACGGAAAACAGGGAAGCAAUGCAACGGUGAAACGAGUCAUUGGCUGCGUACGUACACCGGUCCGCAGCCGACCGGACAGAUGCUGUCAUUCUACUCCGUUGCCAUGGUAACCGUCUAGUAUCCCGCGCAAAAUGUUCUCCCACCCGACCGGAGGGGAAUUAGUUGGCAGUGGCCAAGCCAUUCAUUUUCAGUACGUCAAGUGGUUCAGUUCAGCUUCCGUGUGUGGGUCAGAAAUUUCGCGAAGAAAGUGUUUCUAACACCGGCAGGCAAAAUGUUUGGACUAAAGGCACGUGACACCGCCAAGCCUGCGGUGCAUCAAACUACGGCAAAGACUGAGCGGAAGCCGCUGCAGGAUCUUGACGUUAAUCGGAGUCGCUAUCAUAAGCUUCCGUACAAGGAUGGAGCGAUUGGAGAGAAGGGGCUCUUCGCCUCCGGCUUCAAGGUUUACGGAGAUGGAGAAACAAUUACCCUCAAGACACCUACGGCUUCAGCAGAUACGAAAAAGAUGAACGGCCAGAAAAGUGCACUUCAAACGAGCCAUGGAGUGAGUAAGGACAAAUCUUUACCCAUGAGUGCAAUGGCACAGGUUACGUCAGGCAAAUCGCUCGUAGAACAGCUUGCUAAGAUCCGUAUUCAAAAAGUGCCGAAGAACAAAGAGAAAUGUAGCGAUGAGGACAUUGCUAAGCAAGAUGCGCCGACGCCACACCCGGAAGACGCUAAAUGCGCACCAUUAUGGGACAUAACUAAAAUGCAGGAACCAAAGCCUGCUAAUACGGAAGAGACUAUCGGUACAGGCGCGAUUCGUAAGAGCUCCAUCUACGAACCUCGCACUGCGCAGGAUAGCGUUGUUCGUGAGCUGAAAACCUUUCCAUUGAACGCAUUGGCUGCUGAAUGGAAAGCUUCUUCUGCUGCACUCGAGCCUAACAGCAAUACUAUUGCUACAGCGGACAGACCUGGCUCGGACAAAUCUCUGGACGGAACGCAACCUAUCCCAUCGUUUUGGGACCUAUUUGCGGACGUUUCUCCGGACGUGCCGACGACGGGCAGGAAAAUUGUGGGCCGGCGACAGUAUUCACCAGUUCAGCCAAACCACAACCGUGCAUCGACAUCAUCAUCAUCGCACUCAUCCACAUCCAUUUUGGGCGAGGUGGAUGAUCGGUCGGGUGAGAUUCUGCGCUACCAGCGAUACAAAGAGGCGCGCCGCCGAAAGGCAAUCGAGGCGAUGCGUGUCGAGCAGGAGCGUCAAAAACGCAUGGUGGACGCCCCGGCCAGCCCACAGCCGAAAGGGCAGUACCAAAAUGCACCGAUAGGUGUGAAGGAUCAACGGCAGAUGUCGCCGCCUACUGCUACGAUUGCUGCUGAUACCUAUCCAGCCAGGAACGGACCCGGUGCGAAUGGAUAUCAACGGAAUGGGAUGUGCAACCAAGUUGCAGCACCGUUGCGGGAAACUAACACCAUAGCAACAGGGCCCAUUGAACGUUCCAGUAUCUGUAUUUACAAGUAUCCAACACCGCCGAACUUUCCCAUACGCUACGAACCGGCCGAGAUUUUGAAAAUGAACUACCAACAAAAACAUACCGGCAAAGGUAUUCUGAAAAAUCAAGUAAAGUCAAGGAAGUGACUUUGAAGAUUUUGUUUUCCUUGUUUUUCUUUUUCUAAUAUGGAACAUUAUUCUUAUACUACUUAUUGAAAAGAAUAGCCGCAGUACAAAGCUUCUGAGAAUAGCAACUAGUUUCGAUUAUCACUCGGUAUCCAAAUGGGAACAGAAGAUUCCAACUAUUUGUUUUUAAUUAUUUCAAUAAAUUUGUUUCACAAAGCCAA